AUGUCAAAAUUGCAACUCAACACGACAAAUCCUUUAUCUAUUGAGAUCAAUUAUAAGCCAAAACCACAAUAUGAUGCAUUAUUUGGGAAUGACACACCAUAUUAUUUUCCAGGAGAGCAAAUUCGUGGCACAGUGAAAUAUGAAUCCGAAAAAAGUGGCUCCACAAUAAAGCAUAGAGGAAUCUAUGUUAACCUUUGUCAUUGCAUUUACAAGAAAAACCAACUUAUCGAAUCCAAACUCAUCGGAUCCAUUCAAUUAAAAGAACCAGGAACUGUCAUUUCACCUUAUUCAAUGGAUUUCAGUUUUUUAACAUCAUCAGAUCUAUCACCAUCAUUCGUAGGUGAUAAGUACACAUAUUCAUACAUCAUUGUCGCUUCUUUACAUAAAACACUUAAACAUAUCGAUGUUUCAACACCAAUUGCAGUAAUCUCGCCAAUCGCAGAGUUACCAUCUAAACCUGAUAUACGCUUAGCUGUUACAACAGAUCAAAUGACCGCAAAAUUUAUUGUUGAACGAAGCGUAUUUUGGAAUAAUAGCAUCAUAGACUGUUUGUUUAAUACAACUUCAAUAAAACAAGAUACAAUAGAAUCAAUUAAUUUACAACUUAUCUCAAUGGAGACGUAUAAAGAUGAAAAUGCAAAAUCAGUACUUGUAGACUAUCAGUUUAUUGAUGGAUGUCCUAGAGUAGGUCUUGACAUUCCAUUUACUCUUGAUAUUAGGUAUUUGAAGUUAUGGCCACCAACUAAUCAGCCAGCGCUUCAUUUUAAUUCUUCUUAUGCCUUUAGAAUACUUAUAAGAACUAAUAAUAGCGGAAAAUGGCUAACAAAAGAAAUUCCGAUUGAAAUUUGCCAACCGAAGCAAUGA